AGAAGUGCGAUCAAAAUGAUAUACACUUCAUUACUAUUGUCAAUAUGUUUUACUUUUAAAACGUGUAUUUCAGUUAUUGUUACCGAUUGUCAAGAUUGUGGACGAAAUGUUAAUGAGUUUCAACCCACUUGGGAAAGUUUAGAUAGUAGAAAAUUACCCCAAUGGUACGAUGACGCAAAAUUCGGUAUAUUUUUGCACUGGGGUGUUUAUUCGGUACCAGGAUUUGGAAGUGUNAGAGCGGCUUCCUUUUCGAAAAACAACUUCAUUACACGAAAAAUUUUGCCGGAAAUGAUCGAACUGGUUGAAAAAUAUAAACCGGAAGUUAUAUGGUCUGAUGGUGAUUGGGAAGCACCUGAUACAUAUUGGCAGUCUACGCAAUUCUUAGCCUGGCUCUACAAUGAAAGUCCUGUGAACGAUACGGUCGUUGUCAAUGACCGAUGGGGUAUAAACUGCUCAUGUCGUCAUGGAGAUUUUUACAAUUGUAAAGAUCACUAUGAUCCUGGUAUCCUCCAAACGCAUAAAUGGGAGUCCGCCACUACUGUUUACAAAGGAUCAUGGGGUCAUGUAAAACAUACUAAACUACAAGAUUAUCGGACUCCUUGGGAGUUAAUCUCGUUAAUUGUAAGAACUGUUAGUUGUGGAGGAAAUGUUUUGUUAAAUGUUGGUCCCACGAAAGAAGGCACAAUCGAUCCUAUAUUCCAAGAAAGGUUACUUCAAAUAGGGGAAUGGUUAUCAGUUAACGGGGAAGCAAUUUACGAAACAAGACCGUGGANUUUUUAUAUUUUCUAUUAA